CCGGCUUACUACCUCCAGUCGAGGGUUGCACGCCGUGGUGUAGACGCGCGGUCACGUACGCGUCCGUUCGAAACGUUAGAGCGCACGCGUGCACACGGAACGAUAGGAGCAAGACGGAGACGAAUCAGCAGCUUGGACUAUAUACCAUUAAUCGAAGCGAGAGAGAAAGUAGCCGGGACUCUUUGGAGUUUCUACAGAGACCGUCUCGUGCACGCGAAACCAACCGAGGAUCGGACUCGCCAUCUGUCGAGUAUUACGUUGCAGUGGUUGCCGGAGUUAACGCGGUGUGGCGCUAGUGUUGGCUCUGUUAGUGGCGCGGAAACGUGUCGAGAUAGCCGUCGUUGGCGGGAAAGAGAAGGAUACCGUGGAUCGCAUCGAGGAAGGAACUACAGGGCAGAGAGCGAGACAAGCUGUUCUCGUGCACGGACAUAGGAGCGCACACCGGUUCGGCGUGCACCUCCACAAGGGAAAUACGGGCUCGGGGCGCAUCUCUGGAUCCAGUAGUACCUCAGCUGCGGAGUGGUGCCUUUCGUGCCGGUUCUCUCUCUGGCGCGUAACUCUCCUUCUUUCCCCCUACCCUUUGGCCCUACGAAAAACUUCCCCUCUCUACCGAGGCGAGCACAUUGACUCUCCCGUUCGUCUUUGACUCGUCACAUACGACGAGGGUAUCCUCCACCUCCACCUUCGGCCUCUAACCCUUCUCUUCUUCCUCCUACUCUUUCACCCGUGGCCCCCCUCUUCUUCUCCUCUCGCUGGUCGCCGAGAGAGAAUAUUCCUCACGGUUCGUCGACGGCCAGUCAGUGCGCGACUCGUCGUUGUUGCGACGGUUGGCGAGGAGGAGAGAGUGUUGUAUACGUGCCUUUACCGUGGAAAAUUAUGCUCGCGGCGAAUCGUCGUGCUCCUCGUCAACGUAGUGGCUCGUGUGCCGCGAACGAACGCUCGACACGGGCGUAGUGAGAGAAACAUACAUACAUUUUGGAGACCGUCGUUCCCAGAGCUGACAAAAUCAUCGCCGAGCACACACCACCGGACACGCGUAUAAGACACAGCCGCGUAAAGUGAUAUUCAGGAGAGAUACAGAGAUCAUUCGGCAAAAGCGUAAAACGGAAAGAGACCUGCGCCGAUUUUUUUUCCUUUUCCGUGUAAUCCUACGCACGGAAAGUAUAAUUCACAUCCCAUCGACGAUCUAAUCGUACCCUGGACGAAGCUGUUCUACGACUCUCGGCGUCCCACGGAUAAUGGAAUAAAGUGUGUCACACAGUGUUCAGUGAUCCGCGCGUGAUUUUCAUAUAUAUAUAUAUAUAUAUAAUAUAUUUCCAAAUACCUGUAUUUGGCAUCGUCGUCGGAUAUACCAGCAUUCUUUUCUUGUAUUCUCAGUGUUGUACAGUGCGACAGACAGGAGUGACCGUGGCGGCUCCUUCCUCCGCGAGUUAACUUCGUUUUUCUUUUUCCUUUUUUUUUUGUUUUUGUUCACGUUCCGUUUACCGCUGUCGUGAGAAAUUCAAGCCGGUGGCAGUUUAACGCCGCGACCUUACCAACGAGGAUUACAAUAUUUUUUCGUUUGACGUCGACUUCGUUUUCGGAUCCGAAAGAGGAGGAUACGACGGCUAUGCAGCCUCGCGAAAUCACCGCGAGGAGGUAACGCCGACGAGCACACUAGGCCACCACGGUCCACACACCUCCGCCGACGGACCUACCGGCGGCGUGUAAACAUCGAAUCGAACAACCACCAAACAUGUGGACCAAAAUGCUCGUGUGGACGGCCGCCGUCGUGCUCUUGCCGGAACCCCGUACGGUGAACGCCUCAGGAGUGUUCGAGUUGAGGCUGAAGUCGUUCGUGAACGAGUACGGGAAAGACAGUCUGGGCAAGUGCUGCUCCGGUAGCACGUCCAAGACGGGCGAGUGCUCUGGCGUUUGCAAAACCAGGUUCAGGGUUUGCCUGAAACAGUAUCAGGUGAAGAUCGACACGACGACGCCGUGCACCUACGGCGACGUCGUCACGCCCGUACUGGGCGAGAACAUCGUCAACCUUAGCCCGAACGUCGCCAUGCCCAGUUUCACCAAUCCCAUCAGAUUCCCGUUCGAGUUCACGUGGCCGGGUACCUUCUCGCUGAUAGUGGAGGCUUAUCACGACACGGACAACACGACGCACCACUCGCCCGAGAAAGUGCUGAUAACGAGACUGACCACCCAGAAGUGGCUGGACGUGGGUCCGAACUGGACCGAGGACGAGUACAGGAGCGCUCACUCGAAGAUGGUGUACGAGUACAGGGUGACCUGCGUGGCCCACUACUACGGGAAAGGGUGCGAGAACCUGUGCAGGCCGAGGGACGACAAUUUCGGUCAUUACAGCUGCAGCCCGACCGGGGAGCGCGUCUGCCUCUCUGGAUGGAAGGGCGACUACUGCAACACCCCCCGCUGCCUGCCCGGAUGCGACGAGCAGCACGGACACUGCAAUCGACCCGACGAAUGCAUAUGCCACAACGGUUGGAAGGGAGCGUACUGCGACCAGUGCGUGAGAUACCCAGGCUGCCUUCACGGUAGCUGCCAGAAGCCCUGGGAGUGCCUGUGCGACGAGGGCUGGGGCGGUCUGUUCUGCAACCAGGACCUGAACUUCUGCACGAAUCACAAGCCCUGCAGGAACGGCGGCACCUGCUUCAACACCGGCCAGGGUUCGUACACCUGCUCGUGCGCGCCAGGCUUCACCGACACUGACUGCCAAACGCCGCUUUUGGACUGUCACUCGAAACCGUGCCUGAACGGUGGCUCCUGCUCGAUGGAGCCGUCCUACGGGAACUCUAGCCAGCCGAGCAGCGCCGCCAGUGUCCCGAAACCGUCGACGGACGCUGCCACCUCCAGGCAACAUCAUCGCGCCGGUUACCGUUGCACCUGUCCGCCAGGCUGGCGGGGUCAUCACUGCGAGAUCAGCACGAGAUCCUGUCGAGAUUCGCCCUGCCAUCACGGGGCCAGCUGCGAGGACGACUCGCUGCGCGGCUAUGUGUGCCGCUGCCCGCCAGGUUACACGGGCAACGACUGCGAGUCUCAGCUCGACGAGUGCUCGCCUAAUCCUUGCUCCAACGGGGGCAGCUGCACGGACAUCGUCAACGGGUUCCGUUGCUCUUGUCCGGCGGGAUACACCGGUGAGCGUUGCGAGACGAACAUCGACGACUGCCAAGGCGAUCCGUGUCUGAAUGGCGGAACUUGCGUGGACCUAGUGAACCAGUUCCGUUGCCAGUGCGUGCCAGGAUUCGUGGGCAGGCUCUGUCAGGAUAAAGUGGACUACUGCUUGGCGAAACCAUGCGCCAAUGGCGGCAGAUGCAUCUCGGGGACCAACGACUACCGUUGCGCGUGCAAGCCGGGCUUCACGGGCAAGGACUGCAGCGUGGACGUGGACGAGUGUCGCAGCUCGCCUUGCAAGAACGGAGGUAGCUGCAAGAAUCGCGUCAACAGCUUCAUCUGCGAGUGCCCGAACGGUUGGCACGGGGACACGUGCGCAGAGGAGGUGGGCAGCGGAACGGCAGUCCUGCCCGCAGCGGCGGCUGCCAGCUCGCCGUCGAACGCCGCUGUCCCAGCGGUGCCUCCUUCGGGCGCCAGUUACUGGUCGGGGAAUCUCUCAGGGCGCGUGGCGUCCGCUGAGCCUAGGGACGCUGGCUUGACCACGGAACACGUAGUGGUGAUCGCGACCCUUUCAACGGCGGUGCCAGCGUUCGUCCUGGUUGCCGCGGUGGCCGUGAUGUGCAUGAAGAGGCGGCAGAAGCGGGAACAAGCGAAGGCCGACGAAGAGGCCAGGCUCCAAAAUGAACGCAACGCCGUCCACAGCAGCAUGAGCAAGAGGAGCGGUGGCGUGAUGGGCGGAGUAGGCGGUGGCACGGGGGUUGGCUCGACGGGUGUCAGUGGCGUUGGAAUCGGAAACGUGGGACUGUUGGGCGGCGGGGGCAGUGGAAUGAUCAGCGGCAGCGGCGGCGGGAGCGUGUGCAACCUGGGCACAGGGGAUGCGCACAUGAUCAAGAACACAUGGACGGCGAACAAGAGCGUGAACAACGCCGCGUCCGCCAGACAGGACGACCUCGACUCCUCGUUUCAAACCGACGUCACGCUGGACAGCACUUGCUCGGGUUACAAACCAGAACCAGUGCUGCAGGAUGGACGAACGCGGACAACCAAGCAGCUGAACACCGAGGCGGCUGCCCACAGGGCGUCCCACCUCUUCCAGAAGGAGAAGGACUGCCUGGGCUUGGGUCUGGGCAUAGGCGUUAUGGAGAGCGCGAAAAGGUCAUCCGUGUUCGCGGGAAACGCGACGACGGACAGCUGUUGCGCAGCGGAGGCGGCGCUCCUCAAGAGGCCGCCGACCACUAUCGCGGAGGGUGGCGGAGGGCCACCGGGAAGCGGAGGAGCCACGGACACUGGCUGCGGGGUCUACGUCAUAGACGAUCACUACAGGCACGACUCGUCGUUGGCGGCGACGCUCGCGACGGAAGUGUAGUUUCGUAUCCCCCGCCCCCCUUCAUUUGUGAGCCAAUCGACCAAUGGACUCUGUGCGUUUCUCCCUCGCGACGAGAGCUCUGUGUCUGAACUGAUCCCCUUUCGUUGGUCUUCGUGGAUCAUCGUCGCGCGAGUCUCCGUAUGCAAAGAUCAUUGACGCUGUAUGGAGCAUGUAUGGCGACGUUAGCGCCGGGUUAAGACCGUGUCGAAAUCAGGGCUACAAGUACUCGAGAGGCCUCUAGUAAUCACGAGUCAAAUCGAUUCGAUCCAUACACCGUGGAGGUUUAGCGGGGGUUUGUCUCGAUCGACUGUCCUCUCCGAUCAGCGAACCUCCGCUAAUCCGCCUAGCGUGCGAGUCGCUGCGGCCCAACCCAUAUAGACUGCCGUCCCAAGCGACGAUCUCUGGCGGCCUCUCGGGCGCAUCCGCCCAUCCUUAAUCCGGCGCUGAUGCAUCGCGGUGUCCGCCGCGAAUUUGGAGCCUAGAUUUUACAGCGAAGACCGGAGAUGAUCCGGGUACAGUUCGGCAGCGCGUUCCUCCUCGGGCAUGGUUCCUAUGCCGAUGGGAACUUGAUCGCGAGCUCCGACGAGAGUUUCUUCGAUGCUUUCGUCACUGUUUGUAGAGAAACAUUUCGCAACGAAGACACUCGAUCCGAAUUACAAAGAAAUCUGUCGGCGAAUAGCGCGCCGAGUCCCGGACUCCCUCUCCGUGUUAUCGUCGCGACGAUUGGCGGUAUCGAACAAGUGGCGCCGAUCGAGCCGACGCGCGAGUACAAACCAACGUCAGCGAUCUUUGUACGCGCGACGCGCUACCGAGCGAGCAACCGCGUUUCUUCGCGAUUCCUUUGUUUCCCUCCCCUCCGUUGCGCGUGAGAACGUUCCACUCGGACAUUGCCAGCUCGGGGGAGGAGGAAGUUGACGCGCGCGUUCCGCUGGACGAUCCUCGGGGGAACCUAUGUCCCGCGGAAGAGACUAUUUUCACUUUUUUUUUUUUUUGUUUUUUUAGCGACCAACUCGACGGGAGGAACGAGAUAAAAGAAUAUAUUUAUACGGAAUAUACGCGUCCCGCGUGUAUAUUACGUGUAGAUAUAUAUAUAUAUAUUAUAUCAUAAAUACGAGAUGCUGUGGUGGCGGACGACGGCGCGGAUAUCGUCGUCCGACCCGUUCUUAGGUAUUAAUAUUAUAUCAUGCUCGAAGCGAAAACUUUGUACAGAACUAAUUUAUUAUUAUUGUUAUUUACUAUUAUUACUAUUCGCUAUUAUUAUUAUUAUUAUUAUAUUAUUAUUAUAAUAAUUAUUAUUAAUAUUAUUCUAUCGUAGCUCCCAAGUAUCAUUGUUUCGGAAUAGUUUUCCAUCUUGGCUAUUUCUCUCUCUCUCUCUCUCUCUCUCUCUCUCUCUCUCUUGUUUCUUCUCCACCCAUUCCCACAUCCUCGACUCUUUAGAGAGACCCGUUUCGAGGAUGUCUACUCGCGCGAUGGUUAGCGUGGUUGUGUUGUUAGUGCGUGCGUGAGUGUCGAGACCCCCCCUUCCUCCAUUACCGUGUGUAUAUAUAUAUAUCUAUAUCUAUGUGUACGUAUACGUCUGAGAAUAUAUGUGUGUAUGUGCGCGCGCGCGCGCGCACCACUCCCCCCACCCCCGCCCCUCGCGAGAGCAAGUCCACGAGAGAGUACCGAGCAACAAUCAGAGGAGAGCGUUUGUAUGUACCGUGCGUAUAAUAGUUACGAGCGAGAAAGUUUACGACGAAUUAAGAUUCGAACGAUGUCGCCCCCUCCCUCCCCCCUUCGUGAGAUUUUUUCUCUCUUCUUUUUAUUACGUUUUUUUUUUGUUUCGCCGUUCGGGUAACGCUGUUUUUUUUUUUCUUUUUUUUUUUGACGUAUGAACAAGAUCUUUUCUUUUUACACCGUGUACACCCUCUCACCGGCACAGGGACGAUGUCGGACGGACAUGAAACUUCCGAGAGAAUGGCUUCCGGGUCGCGUGUCUCGAGACAAAAACUACAGAGCAACGUCGCCGAAAGUUCGAAUCGAGCUAUUCAGAGGGCCUCCCAGCGCUCCGGGAUUUCCCAUUUUCAUGGCAAACCCGUUGCGCUGGGACUUUUCAUAACGAAAAGUAACCGCUUCUCGUACAGCGGCCGUCUUGUACCGAGAUCGAGAAUUUAAAGGUAUAACAGCUUUCGUCAGUUUCAAAUUUUCUUUCCUCGACAGUUCGCAAAUGAAUCAUUCGCGUAACCUAAAAUCUUUUCUGGUACUUGUACUUUGAAUUUCGUCACGGUCGAAACUUCUCCAUUUUUGUUUGAAUUUCUUGCUUCGGAUUCGUUUACACGUUUUCUAACGUAAAAUUUUGUACGGUAUUUCUAUUCGUGACCCAAUAAAAAUUCAUAAAUUGUAUCAGGUAAUUUUAGAAAAGUUAAUUCGUUUGCUUGGUACAGAGAAAAGUUGUUUUUGUCCGCGAUCUGGAAGACGGUGAAAGCCAUUCCAGCCUCGACCAUCGACGGCGCCUUCCUAACGAACAUCGAACCUAAAUAAGGUCCACCGCUCGUUGAGGAGAGAAAAACUGUAAACAAAACUGUGUGAUCGAAACAUGACCGACAAAAAAAGUGUAGACUAUGCCCCGAUCUAAUAGAUACAGACGCGGUAGAAUUUAUACGAGCAUUAGUAUUUUUUUGGUCGCUUUAUGAUCUUUCAACAAUAAAACAAGAACUAGAAUCAAAAUUCACUGUGUGCGAUCCAACGAGCGAACCUGCGACCGAGUAUUCGUUCUUUUUUUUUCCUUGUAAAAAGUGUCACGAAACGGGGAAAAGGGAAAGUCGAAUUUCUUUUUAACACUUUUAGGGAACCGUUUGCCGUAAACACUGUUCUAUCGGGCAUUAAUAGGAGGUGAAUUGUAACCGGUUAAUUUUUUAGGAACAUUUCGAGUUGUACGCUGAAGGGCUUACCUUUUCCCAACGUUUCGGAAUCUUUCCGUAACACGGCGCUCGAUUCGGUGAACCGUUACUCGCGAUAUGUAUAAACGGAUAAAUAAAUAAAUAAAUGGAUAUAUAAAUAUAUAGAUAGAAAAAUAUAUAUAUAUAUAAAGUAUAUAUAUAAAUAUAUAUAUAUAUAUAUAUACAUAUGUAAAUGAGAAACCGGGUUCGUCGUCAACGGCGUUCCGACGACGAGACGGUUUAUUUCCAUGUUUUCGAAGUCGAAGUCUGCGAGAUACCUUAGUUAAUUAAACAAAUUUUACUUACGUGUAAUUUUCAAUUAAUCCUGGAUAAACUCGCGGCGAAAUUUCCUACGAACCGAAUGUUUCGAUCGAUCCAAAUUUCGUAACGCCGUAACAUCUCCUUCCAUUUGUAUAAACUGAAUGUAAACAUUGAUAGAUCGUUCGAACGAACAAAAUUCUUUUUCGCGUUCAUGAAUAUAUUCUCGCACGCUUCGACCGCGAAAUCGCGAACAAAUGACGAUUAUGUGUUGUUAUCGCACGGUUGAUGAUAAUUAUUUAUUUAUAUAUGUGGAUGAUAAUGCUGAACAAACGAUGAUGAACGAUGCUGCGCUUGACGAUGACGAUUGAAUGACGAUUGACACCGCGGCGCUAGUUGUCCGAUCGAUCGGUUAACGUUGAUCGGGUGAUUGAAGAAAAAAAAGAAAAGAGAAAAAACGAAAAUUUUGAUGCCGAUAGCGAUACACGAUCACACGAUUAUAAUUGUAGAAAGGCGUACGAUGACGAUGUAACGAACAAAGAUUCGAUGAUGUUCCUGUUAAUAAAUAAUGAUAAUUAAAUAAACGAAACGACUACCAACAAACUCGAGGUUGGGUUGCGAUUCUUUCUUUUUUUUUUUCGGGUCUCCCUCUCGAGGGCAAAUGGAAAAUCGUAACGAAGAAAGCCAUAAGUAAAUGGACAAACGAAUAAAUAAACGAAAAAAAAAACGAACGGGAGAAAAAAAAAGAAACGGAGGGCGCGGAGCGUUCGUCGAAAUUAUAUUUAACGAAUAUAAAAGUGAAGGAAAACACGAAAACGAAGCGUGGCGCAGCGCCGCCUGCGCGCAGCGUCAAGCAACGCGAAACGGGAUCGAUCGACUCGAGCCGAGAUCGAUUCUAUCGUGCGACGCUGAGUGGCCUCGUUGACCCAUAAUUAAUGUGAUGCACGUACGUAUAAACGAUUAUAUUAUAUGGAAUACAAUGUGUAAUAAAGCUGUUGUCAUUUUUUGUA